UCCUUGAGUUGCCAAACAAGGUAGUAGUGAACGACGCUGGCAGAACAUUCGAGAAACCCCAGAAGUCUCUAGUCUAUGCAGCAGCUUUUCUAUAAGCACACCACCACCCUCUUCUCUUCUCUUCGCUUCUGCAACUUCCAACCAAUAGAAUCCCUUUCUUCUCUUCACCCACCAAAACCACCCAAAUUUCCGAUCCAUGGCCGACGAAGCCAAAGCCAAAGGCAACGCAGCAUUCUCCUCCGGCGACUUCACCGCCGCCAUCCGCCACUUCUCCGAUGCCAUAGCCCUCGCCCCGGAAAAUCACGUCCUGUACUCCAACCGAUCCGCCUCCUACGCCUCCCUCAAAAACUACACCGAGGCGUUAUCCGACGCCAAGAAGACCGUCGAACUCAAACCCGAUUGGUCCAAGGGCUACAGCCGCCUCGGCGCCGCUCAUCUCGGCCUCUCCCAAUUCGACGACGCCGUUUCCGCCUACUCCAAAGGCCUCGAAAUCGACCCCAAUAAUGAACCCCUCAAAUCAGGUCUCGCCGAUGCACAGGCGGCGGCUGCGGCGGCGGCUUCCAGGUCCUCCCGCUCGGCGAAUCCCUUCGGUGACGCUUUCUCCGGCCCUGAGAUGUGGGCUAAGCUCACCGCGGACGCUACCACCAGGGGUUACCUUCAACAACCUGAUUUUGUGAAGAUGAUGCAGGAUAUUCAGAAGGACCCCAACAAUCUCAACUUGUAUUUGAAGGAUCCGAGGGUCAUGCAAGCGUUUGGGGUUUUGCUCAACGUGAAGCUUCGUGCCCCUGAGGAUUCUGAUUUGCCUGAUUCCCCUCCGGCUUCGUCGUCGGAGAGGAAGAGAGCUGCUGAAGCUGAGCCUGUGAGUCAACCUGAGCCAGAACCUGAGGCUAUGGAGGUGGCGGAUGAGGAGAGUGAAGCGAAGCAGAGGAAGGUUGAGGCUCAGAAGGAGAAGGAGGCGGGUAAUGCUGCGUACAAGAAGAAGCAAUUUGAUACUGCGAUUCAGCAUUACUCUAAGGCUUUGGAGCUGGAUGAUGAGGAUAUAUCGUUUCUCACCAACCGUGCUGCUGUUUACUUGGAAAUGGGGAAGUAUGAGGAUUGCAUUAAAGAUUGUGACAAGGCUGUUGAAAGAGGAAGAGAACUUAGAGCAGACUACAAGAUGGUAGCAAGAGCUUUGACAAGGAAAGGGACUGCCUUGGUCAAAAUGGCAAAAUGCUCGGCAGAUUUUGAUCCUGCUAUUGAGACCUUCCAAAAAGCUCUGACAGAGCACCGCAACCCAGAUACCUUGAAGAAACUUAAUGAGGCUCAGAAGGCUAAGAAAGAUCUAGAACAAAAAGAAUACUUUGAUCCAAAGUUGGCUGAUGAGGAGAGAGAAAAAGGGAAUGAGUUCUUUAAGCAGCAGAAGUAUCCUGAAGCUGUGGGGCAUUACACAGAGUCUAUAAGAAGAAAUCCGAACGACCCUAGGGCUUAUAGUAACAGGGCUGCAUGUUACACUAAACUGGGGGCAAUGCCUGAAGGUUUAAAGGAUGCAGAGAAGUGCAUUGAGCUCGAUCCAACCUUCGUCAAGGGUUAUACCAGGAAAGGAGCGGUUCAAUAUUUCAUGAAAGAUCAUGAAAAGGCUUUGGAAACAUAUAGGGAGGGGUUGAAACUAGACCCGAACAACCAGGAGUUGCUUGAUGGCAUUGGAAAAUGUAUGCAACAAAUCAAUAAGGCUAGCCGUGGAGAUUUAACUCCUGAAGAAUUGAAGGAGAGACAGGCCAAGGGAAUGCAGGACCCAGAGAUACAGAAUAUCCUGCAAGACCCUGUUAUGAGACAGGUAUUGGUUGAUUUCCAGGAAAAUCCUAAGGCUGCGCAGGAUCAUGCAAAGAAUCCAAUGGUGAUGAGCAAGAUCCAAAAACUGAUCAGUGCUGGAAUUGUGCAGAUGAAAUAAAUAAUGAUGGAGGCUGGCAAUUCAUGCGAAAAAGUAAUUGACAAUUGUUCUCAUGUGAUUUCUAUUUUACAUUUAAAUAGGUUGGAUUGGGAAAAAAUGUUGGUAAAUUUUGAGAUCUUUUAAUUUGGAUUUUGUUUUAGUGAAUUUAUAUAAUUUGAGAAACUCAGUGCGGUUCAUUUUUGCGUUUCA